AUGUCCCUAGGUUUACUAUACUCCAAUUUCAGAGCCAGAACUGUCGUUCCAAGAGGUUUGGUCAAGCAAUUAAAUCUUGAUAUCAAGAUUGUUGCUCCAGAAGAUGAUGAAGCCCAAUUUGCUAAGGACUUCCCUUUGAAGAAGGUCCCAGCUUUUGUCGGCCCAAAGGGUUUCAAAUUGACUGAAGCCAUUGCUAUUAAUCACUACUUAUUAUCUUUAUCCGAUAACGAAAAGUUAAGGGAUCAAUUAUUAGGUGCCGAUGACAAGACUAAAGCUUUGGUUCUAAAAUGGGAAUCAUUAGCUAACAGCGAUUUAAUCACUCAAAUUGCUAGAGCUUUCCAACCUUUAACUGGUGCUGUUCCAUACAACAAGAAAGCUGUCGAUACCGCUUUAGAGGAAGUUGCUAAGAUUGUUGACGUCUUCGAAUCAAGAUUAAAGGAAUACACUUAUUUAGUCACCGAAAAGAUUUCUUUGGCUGAUUUAGUCGGUGCUGCCAUGUUCGUCAGAGGUUUCAAUUACUUAUUUGGUAAACAAUGGAGAGCUGAACAUCCAGCUAUCGUCAGAUGGUUCAACACUAUCCUUGCUUCCCCAUUCUUAAAGGAUGAAUACCCAGAUUUCCAAUUCAUUGAUGAACAGGUUGCUCCACCACAAAAGAAGAAGGAAAAGAAUGCUGAAAAGCCAAAGGCUCAAGAAAAACCAAAAGCCCAGGAAAAGCCUGAGGAAGAAGCCCAACCAGCUGGAAAAAAACUAAAGCAUCCUUUAGAACUCCUAGGUAAAUCCACUUUCGUUCUUAAUAAAUGGAAGAGAAAGUAUUUAAAUGAGGACACCAGAUCCGUCGCUUUACCAUGGUUCUGGGAACACUACAACCCAGAAGAAUACUCCUUAUGGAAGGUUGAAUACAAAUACAACGAUGAAUUGACCUUAACUUUCAUGUCCAACAACUUAGUCGGCGGGUUCCUCAACAGAUUAUAUGGUUCCACCAAGUACAUGUUCGGUUCCGCUGUUGUCUACGGUGAAAACAACAACAACGGUAUCAUUGGUGCUUUCUUAGUCAGGGGUCAAGACAAUGUUCCAGCCUUCGACGUCGCUCCAGAUUGGGAAUCAUACGCUUACACCAAAUUGGACCCAACCAACGAAGAAGACAAGGAAUUCGUCAACAACAUGUGGGCUUGGGAUAAGCCAGUCGUUGUCAACGGCGAAAACAAGGAAAUUGUCGAUGGUAAGGUCUUAAAAUGGCCUGCUAAUGUUUAA